AUGGGUGCCCUCGAGAGAUUGACUCAGCUUGGCGGCCAGUUCUCCGCUGGCGGCAAGGACAAGAUCCUCCAGAAGAACGCUGACGAUGUCGUCGUCACCGCAGCCCUCCGAACUCCCUUCACCAAGGGUGGCAAGGGUGGCUUCAAGGACACCCAGGCCGCCGACCUGAUGGCAGGCACCCUCAAGGCCCUCCUCGACCGCUCCAAGAUCGACCCCGCCCUCGUCGAGGAUAUCGCCGUCGGCACCGUCCUGGCCCCCGGCGGCGGCGCCACCGAGAUGCGUGCUGCUGCCCUCGUCGCCGGCUUCCCCCAGACCACUGCCGUGCGCACUCUCAACCGCCAGUGCUCCUCUGGUCUGCAGGCCUCCGUGGACAUUAUCAACGCGAUCAAGACCGGCAUGAUUGAGGUCGGUAUCGGCGCCGGCGUCGAGAGCAUGUCAACGCAAUACGGCCCAGCCGCCGUCUCCGAGUUCUCUGAGCUCCUCGAAAACACCCCCGAGGCCGCAAAUUGCAAGGUCCCCAUGGGUGUUCUCUCCGAGAACAUGGCCCAGGACCUCGGUAUCCCCCGCACCAAGCAGGACGCCUUCGCCGCCUCCUCGUACGCCAAGGCCACCAAGGCCCAGGCCGAGGGUCUCUUUGACCAGGAAAUCACCCCGCUCAAGGUCAAGUGGGAGGACCCCAAGUCGGGCGAGACCAAGGAGAUCACCGUCGCAAAGGACGACGGCAUCCGCGCCGGCGUCACCGCCGAGUCCCUGGGCAAGAUCAAGCCCGCCUUUGCAAAGGACGGCGGCAUCCACGCCGGUAACGCCUCCCAGGUCUCUGACGGCGCCGCCGCCGUGCUCUUUAUGAAGCGCUCGACCGCCGAGCGCCUCGGCCAGCCCAUCCUCGGCAAGUUCGUCUCCGCCGCCAUCGUCGGCCUGCCGCCGCUGCUCAUGGGUCAGGGCCCCGCCAAGGCUAUCCCCGUCGCUAACGCCAAGGCCGGCAUCGCGACCGAGGACGUCGACAUUUACGAGAUCAACGAGGCGUUCGCGUCGCAGUGCCUAUGGAGCGCCGAGCAGCUCGGCAUCCCGUUCGAGAAGGUCAACCCCAAGGGCGGCGCCAUCGCUUUCGGUCACCCGCUGGGCUGCACUGGCGCUAGGCAGAUCUCGACGCUGCUGUACGAGCUCAAGCGGACGGGUAAGAAGAUUGGCAACACGUCCAUGUGUAUCGGUACCGGUAUGGGCAUGAGCGCCGUCUGGGUUGCCGAGUAA